AUGGCCUCGCCGGCAGAGACGCGCGUGUUCCUGGAGGUGCGGAGGCGGCUGCAGAGCGCGCUGCUGGUCCUGGGAGAGCCCAAAGAAGGAGGCAUGCCCAUGGAUGUUUCCAUAACCCCAUCCUCGCUCCUGGUGAAAACCCCUGGAGGCUGCACAGAGAUCUGCCUUCCAGCAGAGGUCAGGCUUGUGCCUUCCUCCGGCCGGGGCCUGCAGUAUGUGGCUGGAGAGGGACUACACCUGCGGCUGCAGGCGAGGGCAGAACACAGCAGCACAGAGCUGACUUCAAUGUUUAAUCAAAGCUCAGAAGCCCUAGACUGCUGCACAUUUUAUUGCCAAUCCUGCGGUGAAGUCAUAAUAAGGGACAGGAAGCUCCUCAGGGUGCUCCCAUUGCCGACGGAGAACUGGGGAGCUCUCGUUGGAGAAUGGUGCUGCCAUCCGGACCCCUUUGCUAAUAAGCCACUUCAUCCGCGAGAGAACGACUGCUUUAUUGGAGACUCUUUCUUCUUGGUGAACCUAAGAGGUGAUAUGUGGCAGCCAAGUCCUCAAGUAGCUCCAGAGGAGACACACUGUCAUUCUUCUGAGAACCAUUUUAAAUCGAAACCAAAGGCAAAUACCAAAGUAAUUUGUAAGCGUUGCAAGGUAAUGUUGGGAGAGGCCAUGUCAUCAGAAACCAUUAAGUUUUAUAUGACAGAGGUGAUUAUGCAGCCAUCUGAGAGAAAUUUUCCCAUCAUACCAAGGUCUCAGUUUGUACAGAGCACUUUUGCCCAGUGCCUAGUGGAACUCUCCUCUGCUAGAAGCACGUUUAGAUUCAGUGUUCAAGGUCAUGACGGCAAACCGUACAUCUUGCUAUGGCUUUUAAAUUCAGACAGUGUGGUGAUUGAAUCUUUGGCAAGUUCCAGAAGUGUCAAAAAGUUUCCCUUGUUGGAAGACAUAUUGAAGGCAGAUUCCAGUUCUGCUCGGAAUGCUGUCAAAGUCCUUUACCAGCCAUGCAUCAAAAGUAGGAAUGAAAAGCUUGUUAGCUCCUGGGAAAGUGACAUCAGCGUCCACUCUCUGACCCUGCCCUCUGCAACCUGCUUGGAGCUGCUGUUGAUAUUAUCAGGGAAUAACGCCACGCUGCCCCCGUCCCUGCGUAGUAUGAAUUCCUUUCAGGUGGCCUUUCUGAAGAUGUAA